GUACCGUGCGCCAUUUUGGAACGCGAGAAAAAAAAGAGAAAAAAAAAAAAAUCACGGAUAAUUUGUGUGCUCUUGACAGACCCCCAAGUCUUCAUUGUGGAUCCUGGACCGUUUCUCCCGAGUUGAGGCGCGCGGGUCAUCGGGGGUGGGGUGUUUUUUUUUUUAUCGGAGAGUAAAAGCUGCUAAAUGAAGCAAUGGCGGGGGUUGCAGGAGGAAAUGAUUUCCAGUGGUGUUUCUCCCAAGUGAAAGGCGCCAUAGAUGAGGAUGUUGCGGAAGCCGACAUAAUCUCCACGGUUGAAUUCAACUAUUCCGGAGAGCUGCUGGCCACGGGAGACAAAGGAGGCAGAGUGGUGAUAUUUCAGCACGAACAGGAGUCCAAAAAUCGUCCACACCUGCGCGGGGAGUACAACGUUUAUAGCACUUUUCAGAGUCACGAGCCUGAAUUUGACUAUUUGAAAAGUUUAGAAAUUGAGGAGAAAAUCAAUAAAAUUAGAUGGCUUCCCCAACAAAACGCUGCUCACUUUCUACUUUCAACAAACGAUAAAACUAUCAAAUUGUGGAAAAUAAGUGAACGAGACAAACGAGCGGAAGGGUACAACCUGAAAUAUGAAGACGGACGCCUUUUAGACCCUUUUAGAAUCACCUCUCUACGGGUACCAGUGCUGAUGCCAAUGGAUCUCAUGGUAGAAGCCAGCCCACGGAGGAUCUUUGCAAAUGCGCACACCUAUCACAUUAAUUCCAUUUCUGUAAAUAGUGACCAUGAAACGUACCUCUCUGCAGAUGACCUAAGAAUAAAUCUAUGGCACUUGGAAAUCACAGACAGAAGUUUUAAUAUUGUAGACAUCAAGCCCGCCAACAUGGAGGAGCUCACUGAAGUGAUCACGGCUGCAGAGUGCCAUCCUCACCAAUGCAAUGUAUUUGUGUACAGCAGUAGCAAAGGCACCAUUCGCCUGUGUGACAUGCGAGCGGCCGCACUCUGCGACAGGCACUCGAAGUUCUUCGAGGAGCCCGAGGACCCCAGCAGCCGCUCGUUCUUCUCCGAGAUCAUCUCGUCCAUCUCCGACGUGAAGUUCAGUCACAGCGGGCGCUACAUGAUGACACGUGACUACCUCUCGGUCAAAGUAUGGGACCUCAAUAUGGAGAACAGGCCAGUGGAGACGUAUCAGGUGCAUGAAUAUCUCCGCAGCAAGUUGUGUUCUUUGUAUGAAAACGAUUGCAUCUUCGACAAGUUCGAGUGCUGCUGGAACGGCAGCGACAGCGCCAUCAUGACGGGCUCCUACAACAACUUCUUCCGAAUGUUCGACCGCAACACCCGGCGGGACACCACGCUGGAGGCGUCGCGGGAGAGCAGCAAGCCGCGGGCCACCCUCAAGCCCCGCAAGGUGUCGACGGGCGGCAAGCGGAAGAAGGACGAGAUCAGCGUGGACAGCCUGGACUUCAACAAGAAGAUCCUGCACACGGCGUGGCACCCCAAGGAGAACGUCAUCGCCGUGGCCGCCACCAACAACUUGUACAUUUUCCAGGACAAACUCAACUAGAAGCGCCCGCUCGUCCUCCCGGGUGAAGAAAUCUCAACGCACGCCUCCUUUUUUCUUUUUUUUUAGGGUCUGUUUUUAUUUGGAGUCUAGGCUUCUUCUUUUUUUUUUUUGGCCCCGCCCCUCGACCCUUGACCCAGAAAGUCCUAUCUGGGUGGAAUUGACAGAACGGCGCUCAGAAAAAAAAAAGUGUUUUAGCCUUCGUUUCCCGGAGUCUUCGUCGGAAAGUCGUUUGAGAUGUUUCCGGGGGCCCCCCUGCAGAGCGGAUUAAUGGCCCCAAAAAAACUGCAACACCCUCACCCCCGCCCCCAUCAAUACAGUGACCUAAUUCCACUGACUGUAUCUACUCGAGUACACCUUGUCAUCCACAUAAUAAAAGACAAACUCAAACGACAGACGUGUUUUUAAAUUUAGAAGUAUUGAAACAGGUUUUAUUGCUUUGCAUGUGUUUAUGUUGUAGAGAGGUGGAACAUGUCCAGUCACACCACUGUCUUCUUUUUUUUUUUUUUUUUUUUUUGGGGGAGGUUUUGCUGAGCAGAUCUCCAGCAAACGUGUUUAUUGAACUACUACAACGCUGGUUCAGUGUUUAUUGAACUACUACAACGGGGCUACCAGUUCCACAACCACUGUUGGACACCACUAGUGUGUAUGUGUGUGUGUGUGUGAGAGAUUUGGGCACAAGACGGACAAAGGGAAUCUGCAGCCUUAAUUCCUUCUGUGAGUGACAGCUCCUGAACCUCAUGUGCAUUAUUUGUAAAAUUCUGUUUUCUAGAGCGAGGUCCUCGUGUUGCACACACACACACACACACGGCGAAGAAGAGUGCCUCCUGGGCGUCACUAAAUUAAGAAGAGUGCCUCCUGGGCGUCACUAAAUUAAGAAGAGUGCCUCCUGGGCGUCACUAAAUUAGGGGAACCUCGAAGGUUGAGUGCAAAUAAAACACUUCAUGUCCAUUGAUUCCUAACAUGGUGGCGAUGUAUUCACCUCUUUUAUCAUUUCUGACCAAAGUUCAAUAAAAUUUCAAUUGUGUU